AUGUCUAAGAUGAAGGAUUCAACGAAUAAUUCAUCAGAAAUGGAGAAUAAAUCAGUUCAAGGAAAUGGAGAGACAUCACCUAAUGAGGAACCUGGUGCUAAACAAAAAUUGAGGUCAUGGCUAAAUCGAUAUUUACGAGUGAAAAUAACAGAUGGUCGUGUAUUAACUGGAGCUUUUUUAUGUACUGACAGAGAUGCUAAUAUAAUUCUUGGUUGUUGUGAAGAAUUCUUGUCGGAAGAGCACACAGAACCACGAGCUCUUGGUUUAGUUAUGGUACCACGUCGUCAUAUUGUGUCAAUUCAUAUAGGCGAUUGGCAUAGUGAAGAUGCUUUGUCAACAAAAAAACGAUGUUCUUCCAAUAGCGAAUAA